AAAAACGGCGAUAAAUCGGAGGGACCAGCGUCUCCGCGAUUGGGCCUGAUAAGCCGACAAUUAGUAAAAAUCAUUAGCAACAACAACAAUUAUUACCCCGGAUUGCGGCAUUGUUUCAAUACGAACGACGGAACCGCACAGAGACUUUCUACUGGCACACAACAUCUAUCGGUACGGUGUGCGUCGGACGUGCGGCACCUCGAUCGCAGCACGUGUUCCGUUUUCCGUGUGGGUUUGUUGUUAAAAGUGGCCGGCCGCGAUUGUGUCGUGGUUGUCUUCGAGAAAAUGUUCCGGUAAACGCGACUCUGGACUGGACCGCAAAAAAACCAUAGUGUUCGUCCGUGGUACCGCUAAGACCGCAAGACGGGUACGAAGCCGCCCACUCGCCGCCUGAUCCUGAGGAGCGUCCGCUGGGACGUCGAAACGUCGGACCCGGGCUACUCCAUGUUCUUUCAGCACCUGUUCGCCAUCACACGAAUGGGGCGGUCGCCCAGGAAAAAAGUACCGUCGUGCCGUCACGGUGAUUUGUAGUGCUUUUUAAAACUAUUUCUAGUACUGAACUUACCACUGUUGUGCUGUGACAACUUUGUGCCUGAUUUUGUUGGAUUAUUAGUGUGAUUAUUUUUAUAUUUUCGGUUCGUUUGGUUUCGAUUUUUCCAAGAUGAACAACGCCCAGAAGAUGAACCUGAGGAAAUUGAACUUCCUCGGGUUUAAAAGUCCCAGUUCUAGUAAUGAUGGAAACAGCAACGAUGGGGAGCCCCAACUGGAUGAAGAGUGUGCGAAAGUCUUCGCCAUGGACACCGAUGUCAACGCCUUCGACAUCCACAAAUUCCACGAUGUACCACCAGCAGGUGAACCCCGUCAAUAUGGUGAAAAAGAGUAUAUGCAGCACCGCAAAAGGAGUUACCCACACAUGCACGCGCCGCUCAAGCACGGCACAAAGUCGAUGAGGCGCCGCUCGUCGAACAGCCAGUCGACGCCUAACUCGACGCCCGUGAGCGGCCAACGCGUCCUUUCUACCGAUGGCGAGCCGGCGCCCGACUCGCCGCCCACCUCUUACACCACCGAUCCGCCGCAACCGUCCGACACGCCGUUGGGCAGUCACCGCUCCAAAGCCGGCGACUCGGACACCGGACAACUGAACUCCGAAAUUCUUGAGGAGUCGGACGGCGCCGAGUCGGAGGACGAGUCCGAAUCUGAAUGUGUGCUGUCGGAUCCGUGCAGCUACAGGGGCGGCGCCGACGAGGAGGUCUCUCCCGAGAGGAAGGUGUCGUUCCUGAACGAGAACAAGGACACCUUCGAUGUCGACGGGCUCACCAAGGACCGUAAGAAAAGACGCCACCAUCACAGCCACCAUGCGAAGUUCCGUAAGUACUCUCUACCGGACGAUCCGAAGGCGAGGAAGAGACACCACCAGGAGCGGCGCGUUUCCACCCAGCCGGAGGACCAAUUUUUACGGGGCGCCGACCAGGACCAGCUCGACAGUCACCGGUCCGACGAUCCUCGAGCCCUCCGCCGACACAGAACUUCCAGGCCGAGCAAUGCCUCCCUCAUGCACAUCGGGAAGGGAGCCGAGCUACAUCCGUCGCUCAAGAAACUUUACGAUCACAGUCCCCAUGCUAUAUUCGUCGAACUAGAUGAGUUGUUUACCACCAACGACGAACGGGAGUGGAAGGAGACCGCACGUUGGAUAAAAUACGAGGAGGAUGUGGAGGAGGGCGUCGACAGAUGGGGAAAACCGCACGUGGCCUCCCUCAGUUUCCAUUCGUUGCUCAAUCUCAGGAAAUGCCUCGAGGAUGGCGUGGUAUGCCUGGACAUGGAAGAGAAGGAUUUGCCGGCCAUAGCGUAUCGCGUGACCGAAGAACUGUUCAAGGAGGAAUUCAUCCGGGAGGAAGACAAGGGUAAAAUAAUACGAGCUUUGUUGUUGCGUCACAGGCACGUGAACGAGCCGCAGGAUCGAGGCUUCCGUUUCCCGAAGAAACAAAGCUACACGUCCCUUCAGUCAUUAUGGCUGGAGGACGGCGUAAACUACGACGCGCUGAUGAUGGCUCGCUGCUCGGUGUGUUCGGCACAAGGGCAGCUGUGCGCCCCGCACGCCCUACCCCGACUCGCAUCUUAUCCACACAACUUGCACGACGCGGAGAAGAGAAAGAUCAGCUUCCCAAUCCUGGAUAACCUGCUAAAGAAUGGCGACACUGACCACACGGUGGUGGACAUCAAGGACAUCAAGGAGGAAACUUACUCGGCCAGCACGGAGGAGUUACGGAAAACUAAUAAUGAUUCGAUUCUCCGCAAAAUUCCAGCCGGUGCACAGGGUUCCAGCGUGCUGGUCGGCGAAGUCGAUUUCCUCGAGCAGCCGGCCAUUGCGUUCAUCCGUCUGGCCGAAGGAGUGGUCAUACCAUCUAUCAUUGAAGUUAAUAUACCGGUCAGGUUUAUCUUCAUGUUGCUCGGCCCUAAGAUCGCCAACAUCGAUUAUCAUGAAGUGGGAAGAUCCAUAUCAACGUUGAUGGCGAACCAGCAAUUCCAUAACAUCGCUUACGGGGCAAACGAUCGCAAAGCACUACUAUCGGCCAUCAACGAAUUCUUGGACGACAGUAUCGUGCUGCCGCCCGGCGACUGGGAACGUCAGGCUUUGCUACCUAUUGAAGAGAUCAAGGCAAAAAGCGAAGCGAUUCGUAGGAGGAAGGAAAACGCUUUGAAGAAGGCUGCAGAGGCUCAAGGCAUCUCCAAGCCGCUUCUAGCGGUUGAAGGUGACGGAGAAAAGAAACCACCAUAUCCCAAUCCCCUGGAAAGAACCCGUAGACCGUGGGGCGGCUUGAUAAACGAUCUAAAACGCCGUUACCCCCACUACGUGAGCGAUGUGGUGGACGGCAUCAAUCCCCAGUGCUUCGCCGCUUCCAUAUUCAUGUAUUUCGCCGCCGUAUCCGGUGCAAUCGCUUUUGGAGGUCUGAUGGGUGACAAGACCCAAAAUCUCAUUGGAAUACCGGAAACAUUGCUCAGUACUUCCGUCGCGGGAUUAAUUUUUGCCAUUCUGUCCGGCCAGCCACUGGUCAUUGUCGGAACCACCGGAGGUUUGUUGCUGUUCGAUGAGAGUCUGUUUCAAUUCUGUGAGAGUAGUAACUUGGAAUUUCUAACCACAAGGGUGUACAUAAGUUUAUGGCUAGUUGUGAUAGGGGUCGUGGUGGCAUGCGUUGAAGGAAGUGUUUUCGUGAAACUCUUCACUCGCUUUACAGAAGACAUCUUUUCCGCACUCAUUGUACUGCUCUACAUACUCGAAGCUUUAAUGAAAGUCAUGUUUAUCUAUGGCCGUCAUCCACUGCUGAGUGAUUAUUGCGAGACCGAAAGCGGUUUCAUGAACGGCUCCAGCUCCAAUUCCAGCAACGAAACUGAAUUGGUGCCGAUCGUUGAGAAAGUACAAACCUUGGACAAAUUCGGACCGGUUAAUCAACCCAACACCGCCCUUUUUUGCACCAUUUUAACUCUUGGAACAUUUAUCAUCGCUUAUUACUUGAAAAUGUUUAGAAACAGCAAAUUUCUUGGUCGGAGUGCUAGAAGAGCUCUGGGUGACUUUGGUGUGCCUAUUGCCAUAGUAUUUAUGGUAUUCGUCGAUUACAUGACUCCGGCUGUAUUUACUGAAAAAUUGAACGUGCCCCAAGGUAUGUCACCAACCGAACCGGAUAAACGUGAAUGGUUCAUUUCUCCAGAGGGCAGAUAUCAGCCUGUACCUACUUGGGUAAUAUUCGCCUCAGCUGUUCCCGCGUUGUUGGUCUACAUUUUGUUGUUUAUGGAAACUCACAUUACUGAACUGAUCAUAGAUAAGAAGGAGCGUAAACUAAAGAAGGGCAGUGGCUUCCAUGUGGACAUAGUACUAUUGUGCUUCAUCAACCUGCUCUCUGGGUUCCUGGGGAUGCCGUGGAUGUGCGCGGCCACAGUCCGUUCGAUCACCCAUGUGAGCGCCUUGACUGUUAUGUCCACCACUCACGCCCCAGGUGAAAAGCCCUACCUUGUCGAGGUCAAGGAGCAACGACUAUCCGCGUUCCUGGUCGCCCUACUGAUCGGAUUGUCCGUCUUGAUGUCUCCGCUGCUUAGGUUGGUCCCUAUGGCGGUACUAUUUGGAGUGUUCUUGUACAUGGGGGUUGCCUCAAUUGAUGGCAUUCAGUUCUUUGACAGGAUUAAGCUGCUAUUCAUGCCGGUCAAGCAUCAUCCCAACACCAUGUAUGUCAGAAGGGUGAAGACGGUGAAGAUGCACCUGUUCACGUUCGUCCAACUGAUGUGUCUGGUCGUUCUGUGGAUCGUCAAGUCAACCAAGGCCUCGUUGGCGUUCCCGUUCUUCUUGAUCCUGAUGGUACCCCUCAGGGCUCAGCUCAAGCACGUGUUUUCUCAAACUGAACUGAGAGCGUUGGACGGAGAUCAGGUGGAUGUGGAGGACGACGAACCGGACUUCUAUGCCGAAGCCCCGCUUCCUGGUUAAUGGUCGUGGUGUACAGAUUUUUAGGCAUUUUUCCCAAUAGAUUAUGUGUCGUCAAACAUCUUUCCUAGGCUAGAGUAAAAUUAAUCGUACACGUCGUAACUGUUAAGAAUAAUCGAAUUUCGAGUUUAGAAAUCAAAGUUUUAGGCAAUAUGGCCAAAGUGACGGUGCACCGUUGACCAAAAAAAAAACGAUGGUAAAGUGUGCUCAAUGUUUUUGGCAAAUGGUGUACUGUUCACACUGGGCUUAUCUUAAUAGUGAAAGAUCAAACAUAUGUACUUAUUGUAUAAUUUUUAGAACAAAACAAAGAAUUUAAUCUUGAAUCAGUAUUAUGGAAGUGCUCCGAAGAUGAAUUUAUUUUACUAAACCAAAUGUAUUUUUUAAAGACCAAUUUUUAAAUCUCUAUUUUUAUUGUAAAUACUGAAAGGAACGUGGUCCAGGGGAAUCUGUACAAAUCUUUCACAAAUUUUUAAUUUGUACAUUCAUAUUUAAUUUAUUUUGUCACAUUAAACGUUUCGUUCUAUUUUGUUUGUUCUUAUGUAUUUUACAUAAUGUUGGCGUUCUCAAACAUAUUUUAGUACUUUUAGUUUAGGUCUGUGAGUUUAUUGUAUACGCGCUUAAUUAGUAUUUAUCUUUUAAAUAAGAUUAUUUACUUUUAAUUAUAAUAGUAUUAAGAUGUUAAAUCAAAUUAUAGAAAGGAGUGAUUUUUCUUUAAAUUAUCCAACGCAACUAUUUUUGUAUGAAGAAAUUGAGAAUAAAUUGACAAGGUUUAUUAUACACAUUUUGUUAAUGUAUAAUUAAAGUCUUAUUACAUAUUAAAGUCAAUUUGUUUUUGAAUUGUUUAAUUAAUUUUAUUGUUUGUUUCAAUAAAGAUUUUAAACGUUUGUAAAAGUAAAGACCGUACUGUCCAUCUGUCCCUUAAAUUCAUUAUUAAUUAGGCAUUAAUUAAUGAAAUAAUUAAUAGGUAUUAUUAGAAGACUGUGAUGAAAAUGGCUCCUAUGGUGCGGUUUUAUUAGAUGCCUUGUAGAUUUUGAAUUUUUUGAUGGGCAACAUCGAAACCAGUUCAUGCUUAUUACAUGCGUUGGUUCAAUUCAUGGCGAAUUUUAACAAAUUAUGUUGCGCAUAGAUUUUUACGUAUUCAGUAGAUUACUAGUUAAGAAUAGCUAAAAUUCUAUGAGAUCGUUAACAAUUGAAACUUUAUUAAGAGUGUUUAUUCCAAGAUUCUAUAGAAUAGGAGGUUUACUUAAUAGUAUUUCUAACUGUGAUUGAAAAAGAUUAUGUCUAUUCUAUUUCUAUAAAGUAAUAAAUAAAUUUAAUGAUAUUAUGA